GCUUUCUUGAAGAUGAUUUCAGACACACUGCUAGGAUACUGCCUCUACUCACUGAAGCAGAAUCCUCUGAAGAGUUGCUGAGGCAGAACUGAAAUCAUGGCUCACCUCAAAGAAGCAGCAGUAUUGGCCGUUAACGAUGCCUCAUACAGAAAGACGGUGCUCCUUUAACUCGGGGUUUUAAUGGGAAGUUUCUAAGCCUGAAACAACAGCUUUAGACCUGGGGUGUGCCAUCAACUGCCUUGCAGCUACCACUGUCUACUGCUUUCACACAGCGUGGUCGGGAAGAAUGGAAACUAAAGAGGCUCGUAACUACCUGUAACUGUUCCACCAGGACAUGGAUCAAGUGUUUGUUCAGCCAGAGCCAGUAUUAAAAUUAGGCUUUAUUUCCUGAGCACCCACAAAUGGACCUGACAAAGGGAAGACACAGAUGUACUGUGUGAUGGGGAACGUCUGUCAGGAUUAAAAAACGGCCAUAACUCAGCCUCUCCAGAGUGCAGCCACCAUGACCUCUGCAGAUUGAUGAUGGAAAAAAAGGAAACCAGGACAUCCUGUGCUCUGGCUUCCCUGGACCAUGGAUGGAGGACAGCCCAUCCCUUCAUCCCUAGUGCCCCUUGGGAACAUAUCAGCAGAUUCUAGCAUGUCCCUGGAGCAGAAAACGACAUUUGUUUUUGUGAUUUUGUUGUUUAUCUUUUUGGGCAUUCUCAUUGUCCGGUGCUUCCGGAUUCUUUUGGAUCCAUAUCGAAGCAUGCCAACCUCUACCUGGGCUGAUGGACUUGAAGGCCUGGAGAAAGGGCAGUUCGAUCAUGCCCUUGCUUAGAAGGGAUGGCGCAGGAUCUCCUCCUGAGGAGAUGAAGUGCUUGGUGUCUUGGCGAGGAUUCCCUUUAUGUAGUGUUCUCAACACAUCAAAUUUAAACAAUAUUUGGUCCCAGGACCAUAAUCCAUUAUUCUAUAAAUAUGCAGUUGGAUUAAAGGCAUUUGAGGAUGUUGGAAAUGGACAUUUAUAUAACUAACCCAACAUAAGAAGGUUUAAAUUUUUAUGUUUGCUCAAUGAAUGAAUACUCUUAAACUUGUGUGAUUGUGAAACCAAGAGCAUCAAUACUGACAUAGAUUUGCCAUCAAACAAACACCACCUGAUCUGACUAACGUAUAAAAGACUAGAAAGGAUCUCAUAUGAAUCUGGUGACAAGAUCAGGCAGAGAUUUCCUAGCUCUAAUUAUGUCUAUAUUUCUUUUAUUUCAUGCGCAUCUAUCUGGGUCCUGAGCAGAAUGAGGAAGAUUGCGCUGAAUGGACCCAAAGUAGUUCCUUGUUUUCUCCUAGAGCAGGGAGCAUUGGGAAGCAAUGGCAAAGCUUAAGAGAUGGUUCUGUCCUUGGUAAAUGUGAGUGAGUGAGAAUUGUGUUUUGUUUUUCAAGUAAAAUUUAAUUCAAAGGCUACAGAGUUUUAAAAACUAUUUACCAAGCCAACUACAUUAUAUGUAUUCAUAUUAAUAACAUGUGUAGAGGUAGCUAUACAUUACUUGAAUUUACUCUUUACACAAAUGAUUUAAAUAAUAGGCUGCAAGUGCAGCUUCAAGUUUUUUUUUUUUAAUGAAAAGUUAAUUGUUUAGAGGAGAAGACUUUUAUAGUCUUCAGAGGAAUGUGUAUUUAUGAUUGUAUAUAGUCACCAAAUAAAACUUUUCAAGAAACAGAAAUGCUUCCUCUCUUAUUUCACCAGAACUAAUGCACUGAGGGUGCUACCUGGUACUGAGUGCCGAGGCUUAACAUUUUUCCAAGAGAGGAGAAAAGCGCUAACAGCAUGAAAGGUCAUCUAAUUCAUCCCUCUCCCAUUUCAAGAAGAGCGCCUAUAAAUUGUCCUGCACAGAUAAAACUGAUAGUUUUUAAGACCACCAAAAAGGGAGAUGUGAAUACCUCUUAUUUCGACUUUUAUUGGAAGGAAAAGCUUGUAUCUAAACCAACUCUGCAGAUAACUCAGCCUAAACCAACCCUGUUAGGCUGUAUUUAUAAUCUCUGUCUUCUAAUUUUCUCCUCAGCUAGUCAUUACCUUUUUUAAUUAAAAAAAGCACACUUCUUUAACCUAUUAAUUGUAAGAUUUUCUUUUUUUUU